AUGUGCACCUCUCAAAAUCGACUGGAAAUUGAGUCGGAUUUGUGUGCUGCCACUGCCGCCGUUACUUCUGUUGCUCAUCAUGCCACUACAUCCUCAAAUCAUAUGGACAAUUCGAGUGAUCCUGUUGAAAGAACUCAUCUUUUUGUUGAGUUGACCUCUCUGGACGAACUUAGUUUUCCAACCAGUUCGUCACCCAGGAUUAAGAUACCUAGCAUGUGCAUCAUUUUAUCGUGUUGCUUAUUGCAGUAUACGUGCCUUGAUGCAUCGCCGCAUUAUCUAGCAGUAGGUUCGACUAGUGGUACCAUUUAUUUAUUUUCGAGGUAUGCAUCCAAAUACAUCAAACGAGUUAGUUCUGUACCAAUCCAGGUGAUUUAUAGCAAAGAUGGAUGUGUUGUUAAGGUGGUCAUAUCGCCCGAUGAGAAGUAUUUGGCGAGCGCUGGUCAGCGUGGUACAUUAAGCGUUUCAGCACUCUCACCGGUAGCGCAUUCGCCGGCAACAAUUGUGACUAAUAACUGUCACAUUGGAAAUGUGAAUGCCUCUCAGCAAAACCACAUAACUGAGAUGCGUUGGAGUGCCGACAGUAAUAAAAUAUACGCUGGUGAUCUAAAGGGACAAGUCAGUUGUACACGUAUACAGAAUCGUAAGUUGUUCCGUCCACGAUGUGAUGUUCUUCUUGAAACCGAUAGUAGUAUCGUUCAAAUAGAUGUUCACCAAGAUGCCCUUCUUGUUUCUACCUUAACGCGAUGUUGCCUGUGUGAUCUUACGACCUUGAAUUGCAUACAAGUUCUUUAUUAUUUAUUCAUUCAUAUUCAGUGUGUUGGUAAGAAGUUACGAAAUGGUGAUUUUGGUGCUAUUUUCUAUCCGAUUGAUGAUAAGUGCUCAACAGGAGCAAUGAGCAACGAACAGAUGAAGCGUGAAACACCAAACGACAACAAAGCUCAGCUUAAAUCCACAUUACCAUCACUUAUUUUCGCAAGUCGUCCCAACGCAAGAUUAUGGGAAGCGAACAGUGAGGGUGUUGUAUACAGCACUCAUCAGUACCGCAAUCUAUCUAAUAUAGCGCGAUUCCCGAUCGUUUCUUUUCGAGAAAGUCUUUCGUUUUCUAUCUCUAAACAGAAUGAUGCUGGCAAACAGCUGUCAUUUGGCCGAUUACAUCUUAUUUAUUGUGAACGGUUGGUUUAUUACUAUUCUUGCCAUGCUCGUAUUACUUUACGGUUUUUAUUUUCUGGGAGGCAUGCCUUCAUCGUAGCCAAUGAUACGAACUCAUUAUUUUUAAUCGAUCCAGCCGAUGGUCGGUUUGUGUUGGUAUGUGAUUUCCCAAAAGAUUCAUAUAUAAACGAGUUUGCGAUUUGUGGCUCGGAUGUUUUCGUUUUAUGUGGUGAAAAAGAUAAAUUACGUAAACUGACCCUGUUCACCAUACAAAAAGCAAUCGAAAAAUUGCACUGGAAACAGUGCUUUAAUCAGGCAGCUCAGGUGAUUUGUGCGCUUAGCACACAAAUCGAACGAAGUGGUGUGGUGCCAUGGCAAAGCAAAAUAUUACGAGACAUCAUAAACGGCUCGCAGCAACAAGCACUACAAGAAGAAACAUCUUCGUCCGUUCAGCCUUUGGAUCGUUCCAUCAAUGAACAGCAACAAAUAUUGCGUAGAAUUGUUCAGUUAAAAGAGCAAAAGUUGUCAUCAACUUCCACCAAAGAUGAUCGUUCUUGUGGUCCAAGGCAAUAUCCAUCAACAGUCAUACAUCGUCUCAAUACGGGUAUUCAUCGUGUAGUACGUAUCAUGGACAAUAGUGGCUAUGAGGAUGAUUUCACAUUUCGAGCACCCUCACCUUUAAGACAACGUAGCAAAAGCACACCAAAUAUGGAUAGCUCUGUUAAAAUGAUGGCAUGGAAACGAAAAAGUUUACCGUUGAGAGAAAAUAAUGUUCGGAAAAAUGAUGAAAGUAGGAAUGGCGGUGAGGAAGAAGGCAACAUGCGAAAGCAACUCAUUCAAGAAGCGUUCCAUUUAUUGGAUACGAAACGGUCAAGUCAAACGAACAGUGGAAGCACGGAUUCAUUGAGAACACUGUUGGCUUGCGGUGAGCAACGGAUUACAUUCCAUUCAGAGGUGACCGUGGUUGAUGUGCCCAAAGAUCUGAUGGCUGCAAAACAACUGUUACGUGUAAUCGCGAAUUCAGAACAUCGUAAUCGAACUGUGCAAUCACCACUCAAGUCUUCCAAUCAAGAAAACUCACUCAGAGAUGAUGUUCAUUCACCGUCACAGACAUUACUCGCAAGCACAAGUGCAGAUUUUACAAGUUUAUUCGGACGUGAAGAUCCUCUUCAAAGAGUAUUCAGUAAAUAUGGUCAAAUAUCUGCGUCUGAAUUAGUUCGGGCUAAAGAACCAGUCAAUGUCGAAAGACGUGUUCAGGUCGUGAAAAGACCAAAAAAGACUGGUGCUCGUAUUGUGAGGGCUAUUAAACCACUGCGCAAAAUUGCAAAUGUUUGCGAAACAACGACAACGCAUCUUAAAGAUGGUGGUGCUUACUCACUGCAGAUGCAGACUGCGACUAGAGAGGAUAGUAAAAGCGAGAACAAACUGGAAUGUGUUAAUGAUGGCGUUCAAUCGAAUGGUAUUAGUGAAUUGAAGAAAAGUGAAGAGCCAUUAAACGAGCCAUCGUCGACUGCAAACGAUUAUUCGAGAAGAGCAGAACUGCUCAAUGGUGAUGAUUAUAAACGAGAACGAAUUUCAAACUCGGGCAAUAUGAAUAACCUGACUAGUUCGACUGACCUAUCCUAUAAUAGCAAUUUAUUGACGAAUAAUUCAAAUGAUGAUGAUGACGAUGAAAAACUCGAAAAAACGUCAACAAAAAUGAUUUUUGAAAGUCAACCAAGAUGUCAGCUAGAAUCUAUGGUUAAUGGCAUUCAUAAAACCCAUCCACUCAAUUUGCCUUUCAAUGGAGCGACUUUGCUGAAUAAUCAUCAGUCUGAUGCCACCAACACAACGCCCGUCGUUAAUAAUAGCGAUUUGAUUGUUGAACGCAACUUUAUCACUGAUAAGAGAAUUCGAGUCAGCUGGUCGAUGACUCCGUCAUCGAACGAAAAUAAUGUGAAUAUCAGUGAUAUUGUAGUGUGUAAUGAUAGAAAGGAUAACGUUAAUAAAGAUGAAUUGAAUGGUGAAGAAAUAUCAGAAAAAGAUGAUAUUUCAGAAGAUUCAGAUGAACGUCUGAUGGAAUUGAGUGAAAUAACUCUUGAGAUACCAUCAACACUUCAAACUAGUCAACAGACAUCUACCACUUAUAAUGAUAAUGAUGACCGUUGUCAUGUUUGUUCAUUGCACAGGUCGUGGCUGGUCGUAAUGGCGUUUGGUGUGUCCAUGUCGCAACUGAAGGUGACUGAGGACAAUUUCAAUAAUGGUGGUGUUCCGUCGUGUAAAAAACAGUGGUAUCGUUUAUUCGUUUAUUAUAUGAAGUUACUGCGUUUGAAUGAUGGUCGUCGAUCAUCGUCAACUGAUCAACUAGUGACAGGCAGCAACAAAUUACUGUGUGAUGAAUGUUCGGCGUUUUUCGAUAUUUCGUUGCAUCUGAAGAAUAACAUUUCAACAGUAAGUAAGUGUUUGCACCGUGCACAAAGGAGAAAUAACACUGAUGAAAAACGUACCAGAAGCAUUAUGCGCAAACUGGCACUCGCAUUCGAUGAAUCGCAAUCACGAGAGUUGUUUUUUAAGACGAAGUACAAGCGAGGCAAAGCAUCACAUCCUACACAGACAUCGACUGUUUCUGCACUGAUCGCUUCAUCCAGUGUUGAACCAUCAGCAUCUGUUCGCAAACCAUUACAUGUAAAUGAAGAAAUGCUGUCGAACAAUCCUCCUCAAAAUAGUGAUUGUGAUUCUUCCGCCUCAGCUGCUACUGAGAAAAAUCAUCCUAUAAUUAAUGUCACCAAGGAUCUAUCAGCAUUGUAUUACGAACAAAUUGCCCAGAAACGACGGCAGCUUUCAGAGAAGGAUAUGAAUACGACUGUAGAUGAUGAAUUACCAAAUUUUGAUUGGAUUUCUGCACUGACCAUCUCGCAGGUUUGUUUGUUUAUUGUUUCAUUUGAUUUCAUUUUAAAUUAUUUCAUUUGUAUGGAGGAUGAUAUGGCUUUUAUUGAAAUGAUGUGUAACGCGUUUCAGUUGUUGUUUUGUAUGCGCUUAAGUGAGGGGAUCGAUGCAAUUUUUGAAUUGUUGAACACCAAUAAAGCAAUAACUACUCAUCUCACUCAACAAGACUGGCAGUGGUUAGCACUUCUGAAAGCUGAUCGAUGGAAGCGAAUCAUGCCCAGACAAGUACUUUACAUAUUCAUUGUCAAGGACGUUUUGUGCGACCUCAAUAUCAAAUCAGUCGAAGAUGUUUGUUCAGUUCCGGGUGAUUCAACUGAUCCAAAGAAUGCUCUCUCAGAUCGUUCAUCUUUUUCUAAACAGCAAUCGAACAACAUGAUAAUUGCUGUGGAUGGAAAUUGUCCUUGUUGCACCCUUCCGUUGAAAGGACGUGUCUCAGAUACGGAUUGCUUCAUAAUCGCAUUUCGUUGUGGUUAUGUAACGAAAAGAAAUUACCAUUCAGGGCAUUCAUAUCACAAAGUAUGUCUGAAAGAAGCGAGUAUAUCGCGUUGUAUUCGUUGUGAAAUUGAACGACGACGCCAUCGACUUCAGCAUUCACAAGCCCCCACACAGCACCAGCAGUAUCAGCGUUCUUCACUGAACUCUUCAUCUUCUUCCAACUCUUCUCGUAUCCAAACAAUACCUUCUGCAAUUAAUUCCACCCAGUUGCAGAGACAUGCUCCGGUGCGAUCAGCGCGAGUGAAUGUCUCUCUUACGUCAGUGCCGAGAACGUUCAAAAGAACUUGA